AGCACAUUGCCCUUUGUGACGCAAGCACACCAAAACAACCCCCCUCUGUACGCUUUGUUUCUUCUCACUUUAACCAAUUCGCAUUUUUUACUAUUUUUUAUAUUCAACAACCCAAUUCACAGCCAAAAACAACAAGUUAUAAUGAUGUACGCAGACGACGACAGCGACGACUACAGCUUCGAGACAUUUGGCGGCGGCGGCGGCGCUUUCAGCGCCUUUGGGCCCAUGCGCGGCUACAACGUGCGCCAGUCACGUAACCAGCGGCAGUUCACGCAGUUCUACAGUGCCUACCCAAUAGCAGCCCACAUGGACAACAAAGCGGACGCCAACCACGGGGGGAAAAUCUUCAUGCCGCCCUCCGCCCUUGAAGAAAUCAGCCAACUCGAAGUAGUCUACCCACUACUCUUUAAGCUGCAAACAGACCACACGGGCGAGCACAAACGCACCCACUGCGGCGUCCUAGAGUUCACAGCAGAGGAGGGCCGGGUGUACUUGCCACAGUGGAUGAUGGCCACUUUGGGCUUGCAGCCGGGCGCCGCCGUGGAGGUUAUCAAUGUGGCGCUUUUGCAUGGGUCGUUGGUGAAACUGCAGCCGCAGUCGGUAGAUUUUUUGGAUAUCAGUGAUCAUCGCGCCGUUCUGGAGAAUGCCCUAAGGAGGUUUUCGGCACUUACCGUGGGUGAUAUUAUUUCCUUCGAGUACAAUGCCAAAGAGUACCAAAUCGCCGUCAUCGAGACUCAGCCUUCGCCCUCCGCCAUCAAUAUUGUCGAGACCGACCUCAGCGUGGACUUUGCGCCUCCCAUCGGAUACAUUGAGCCCACCAGGGCCGGGUCAUCAUCCGCCGGCAGCGUAAUAAAGGACGGCAAGGGCGGCAGCAGAGAAAGGGAGAAUAGCCGGUUUGCGGCCUUCAGAGGCACUGGAAGUAGGCUGAAGGGGGGCGAGGAGAAUUCGGGCGCAAAGUCGUAUGCUGGCGAUGUGCAGGCUGAGAAGGUUGAUACGGACGAUGGGGCUGGGGAACCGGUGCCGUUGGAUUUGCCGCUUGGGACUUUAUUCUUUGGGUACCCUGCGGUACUGCCUCCAGGUGCUGAAAAUAAGGAUGAUGCAAAGGAUGAUGCUGGAAAUAAAUUCCAUGGGUCUGGUCAGGUGCUGCGUCAGCGCCGCAAGCGCUAAUUUUGUUGUUGUUGAAUUUUUUAUGAUUUAAACAAUGUUUGUUAAAUAAAAAAUUUUAGAUGCAAAAUGACUAGCUUGGGAUAAUCCUUCCUGCAUAUAAUAAAUGCUAGUUGACAUCAUAUGUAUUUGCAAUAUGUUAUAUGUAUACAUCAUGUAUACAUUUCAGACAAAA